AAGGGCGUCCUGCCAAAACAAAUCACUCCAAGCUACCCUCACUUGUCUCUGAGCCACCUUCACAUUCUCCAAUGCAAGCUAUACGACUACAAAGGAAAUAUCCUGAGGUAUCUCAGGAAGAGAUGUUCGAUCUCAUCAAUCGCUUCAAUGCGAUUGAUACUGAAACUCCCGGGCGUAUAGACAAAUCAGCCGUACUUCAGUCUCUCCAAAGUAGUGGGGAGUCUUACGACCGUGCCCGUGAAACCCUUAAGCAUGUUAGCGUCGACGCUAGUGGUAAAGUUGAGCUGGAGGAUUGGGUAGAACUGAAUGUUAAGAUGCGUACUCAGAGUCACACCACUACUUCAAAGGCAGGAAAGGUCACUGUACAAGGCUCUAAUGCCAAUGUCAGUCACACAAUCAACGAUGAUGAACGCUCGGAGUUCACGAAUCACAUCAAUGGAGUCUUAGAAGGCGAUCCCGAUAUAGGAUCUCGAUUUCCAAUACCUACUGACACAAUGCAGCUCUUCGAUGAAUGUCGUGAUGGUCUCAUCCUUUGUAAGCUCAUUAACGACUCCGUUCCCGAUACAAUCGAUUUGCGUGUUCUCAACAAACCCAAUGCGCGCAAACCGCUUAAUGCCUUCCAAAUGACGGAAAACAACAACAUUGUCGUUACUUCAGCCAAGGCUAUUGGCUGUUCUGUUGUCAACAUUGGUUCCACUGAUAUUGCUGAGGGUCGAGAACAUUUAAUUCUGGGUUUGAUCUGGCAAAUCAUACGCAGAGGUUUGCUUGCCCAGGUCGAUAUCAAAAUCCACCCCGAGCUAUACAGACUUUGUGAAGAUGGUGAAACCAUUGACGACCUGCUUCGCUUGACUCCAGACCAGAUCCUAUUGCGUUGGUUCAACUACCAUCUCAAGGCUGCUGGUUGGAAGAGAAGAGUAAACAACUUUAGCCGCGACGUAUCUGAUGGAGAGAACUACACUGUCCUUUUAAACCAGUUAAAGCCUGAUGAAUGUCCUCUUGCUCCACUGCAAACGAAAGACAUCCGAACGCGAGCUGAGCAGGUUCUCCAAAAUGCUGCCAACAUUGGCUGCCGCAAAUAUCUUACGCCUUCUUCGCUCGUCUCUGGAAACCCCCGUCUUAACCUUGCCUUCGUGGCAAACCUAUUCAACACCUGGCCUGGCCUUGCACCUCUUGACGAACAAGAAGCCAAGGAUUACGGUGCUGUCGAGGACUUCGAUGCUGAAGGAGAGCGUGAGGCGCGUGUAUUCAUGCUUUGGCUCAAUUCUCUUGGAGUUGAGCCAGGGGUGUUCAACUUGUUUGAGAACCUCAAAGAUGGUUUGGUCAUCCUUCAAGCUUUCGACAAGAUUCUUCCUGGAUCUGUUAUUUGGCGCCGGGUGUCAAAGCCGAAGCUCGCUCCUGGACAGUCACAGGCGCCGCCGUCCAUGAUGGACGGUGAGGAAGAAGAAGAUAUUGGUGUCACACCUAACCAGUCAAAGCUUUCCCGAUUCAAGCAGGUGGAAAACACGAACUACUCAGUGGAACUUGGAAAGCAGAACGGAAUGCACCUAGUUGGUAUUCAAGGUGCUGAUAUCGUUGAUGGAUCCAAGACGCUAGUCCUCGGUCUCGUGUGGCAAUUAAUGAGAUUGAAUAUCACGAAGACUCUCACUUCCCUCUCAAAAUCCGGACAAGGGCGCCCAAUCAGCGACACAGAAAUGUUGAAAUGGGCAAACACCACCGCACAGAAAGCCAAGCCCACCGUUAGAACCAUUAGGUCGUUCAAAGACCCCUCUAUCACCACUGGAUUGUUCUUCUUGGAUCUUCUAGAGGCUAUCAGGCCUGGUAUUGUUGACCCUGCGUUGGUGAUUAACGUCAAUGAGAGUGGAGACUACGAGGAACGACGUCAAAAUGCGAAAUUGGCUAUAUCCAUCGCAAGAAAGUUAAACGCGUUGAUUUUCCUAGUACCUGAAGAUAUUGUUGACGUUCGCUCACGCUUAAUCUUAACGUUUGUGGGCAGCUUGAUGAGCAUUGCACAACAGUAAUUAUGGCUCAUAAUGGUAUGUGUAAAGGGACUUGUUUUGUUGUACGAGCGGUGUACUCUACUCUGUAUCCCUCAUUUUCUUUGCCAUGCUGAUGAUUAUCUCAUUGUGCGGACUGGAUGUAGUAAUGCUAAGAACAAAAAGGUGUUUUGAUUGCUGUAAUGACAUGAAUUUAUCCGUUUGAUGUCCU